AUGAUAGGAUUAGUUAGAGUCUCGCCAUUAAUAAGGCAUAUAGCAAGAGCUCCUCGUAUCAGUAGUAGUAGUUUACUAUUGUUCCGUUCUUCUCCAGUCAUGAGGACAUUACCACUCACUGCUAGAUUAUUUCAUACAACCAAAUUCCAAUUCCAAGAACAGGAGUUUACCAGCAUUGAAGCACAAAGAGAAAGAGUUGAUAGAUUAGCUCGUGAACGAGAGGAAAGACAAAAAUUCAGAAAUAGAACUGCCAUUUAUUAUGCUUGUUCAGUUGGUGUUCUUUUCUUAGCCCUUGCUUUCCUGGCUGUACCUAUGUAUAAAGCCUUUUGUCAACGUACUGGAUUUGGUGGGAUUCCAAUCACUGACAAAACAUUAUUUACUCCUGAUAAAUUAAUUCCAGUGGAUACUAAUAAAAGAAUCAGAAUUCAAUUUACUUGUCAAUCUUCUGGGAUUUUACCUUGGAAAUUCACUCCAUUACAACGUGAAGUUUAUGUCGUGCCUGGUGAAACCGCAUUAGCUUUCUAUAGAGCCAAGAACGUAUCUAAGGAAGAUAUUAUUGGUAUGGCGACAUAUUCAAUUACUCCAGAUAAUGCAGCACCUUAUUUUAAUAAGAUUCAAUGUUUUUGUUUUGAAGAACAAAGAUUAAGUGCUGGUGAAGAAGUUGAUAUGCCGGUAUUCUUCUUUAUUGAUCCGGAAUUUGCUAAGGAUCCAUAUAUGAGAAACAUUGAUGAUAUUGUUUUACAUUAUUCAUUCUUUAAGGCUCAUUAUACUGAUGGUGAAUUGGCUGCUGUUCCAGUGGCUCAUUCAGAAGGGGCAACUUCAGAAGCUGUAACUCCAGCAACAUUAUAA